CUAGAUUUCUGUUAACAAUUAUGCCACCACAUUGGUAUCUCUAUAGAAUGUUUGGUUCUUACCUUCUUGUAGUAUAUGUGUUGGUUGUACAGCUUUGACUCUGUAUUGCCUGGCCCUCCAUCCCGGCCAGGGAGCCUGGACUAUCUCUCUAUCCGACAGCCAGGUGACCGUCUCGAAGUUGUCUCCGUUAGCCAGCGCAUCGACCUCUGCACUGUGGACCCCGACCUGUUGGAACUGAUGCAGACCACCUGAGUGGUCGAAGUGGGCGUGGGUGGCGAUAGCCAAAAGGGGGUUCUUUCGCUGCGGGUCGUCUCCAAGCAGACCUUUGGAGUUAAUGUAGUCAGGUAAUCGCGUGUUGGAAGCAGCAGCCCACUCAUAGUGCAGACAUGGCUGGUGGUAAAGGCCGUGGUAUAGCUGCCUUCAGCUUCAACAUAGAAUCCCUGGGCCUCAGCAGGGGGAAUAUGCCUCAGACCAGAGAGGGGCCCAACAAGCUGUAUCCAGAUGUGGAGUUCAAGCCUGUGCCCUUGAAAGAGGGAGAAGAUGAGGACUACAUGCUAGCCCUGAAACAGGAGAUAAGGGGAACCAUGAGACUACUACCCCACAACAUCAAGCCUUUGGCUGGGAAAGGAGAUGUGGAAAGAUACAAGGAGAGGUAUCAGAGGCAAAACAUGUUGGAUGAGGAGUGGACUCCAGACUGGCAGCUUUUUCCAAAAGAGCUGAUGCCUCAAAAGAAAAAGUUGAAUGUAAAACCAGUAGGCGCAAAGAAGAAACCCAUAAAGGUGUCAAGCAAAGAAAAAGCAGAUGUACUCAGUAAAUUAGAUGAACUGGAAAAGAAAGAUGAUGUAAAGUCAGAUGAGGAGAAAGAAGAAAAGAAAACUACAGAGGAAGGAGAGGAGGAAGAAAUUGAAGGAGAGGAGUUGGAGGAGGAGGAAUUAGAAGAGCUGUGUGACGUUGCUGGACAUUGGUGGGAACUGGAACACGCUGUCGUACACAUCAAUCCACAGUAUCCCAAACAUGCGCCAUGGUUGACAUGUCUGGUGAGCAUGCAGGCCAUGGAAGGAUUGAGACCAGGAAUUGUGUACAGAUCCUUGCGACAUGGGGCCUUGCAUUAUGAUGCUGAAACAUGAGGUGAUGGCGGCGAAUGAAUAGCAUGACAGUAGGCCUCGGGAUCUCGUCACGGUAUCUCUGUACAUUAAAAUUUCCAUAGAUAAAAUGCAAUUGUGUUCGUUGUCCGUAGCUUAUGCUUGCCCAAACCAUUACCCCACCAUGAGGCAUUAUGUUACAAUGUUGACAUCAAACUGUUCGCCUGCACAAUGCCAUACACACUGUCUGCCAUC